AUGAAUUCUAGUCGUCCACAUGCGAUCGCAAACUUCACAGGAUGGACUUCAGACGGCCAUGCCUCCGAUGCAAGAGCUUCGACGAGUUCUGCAGACGAAACCCGCGGCGGAAACAUCCCACAACGCGAAUUGGCACACGAACUGACACACGAACUGACACACGAACCCAAUAACCCCAAGCGACGGAGGGCAUGCGGAGCCUGUCGAAUAUCCAAACUCCGAUGCGAACCGGACCCCAAUAUUAUGGCAGGGCCAUGCAAGCGAUGUCGAAAGUCAGGCCAGGAUUGUACCGCAGCAGCAUCUUUAAAGGGCAGACAGAAGAAAAUUCGCAAUCGAGUAGAGGCAAUGGAGUUGAAGAUUGUUGCCUUGAGAGACACUCUACGCACUCAAGAGUCCAAUAAUGCAAUGCUGGCAGUGGAGAAGUCUUGCUCUGCCAGUAGUUCAGAAGACUCAGACACGGCGAGAUCGGAGACUGCCGCGGCAUGCGUAUGUCGAGAUUCUCGUGCAUUCGGGGGAAACAUCAAGUACCCGGAGCUGGUGUUACCACCAAUUCAACCGAGGAACAAUGUCGCAGAUAUCAUUGAUCGUGGUCUCCUCCCCAUGGAGACUGCAACAGAAUUAUUCGCGCGAUACAACAACAAGAUGAUACAGCAUCUACCUGCCGUUAUCUUACCAUCCACAGUAUCAGCUGCUGAACUGCGGAAGACGAAGCCCCUUCUCUUUCUCGCCAUCAUGACCGCUAGUUCCUCGGAGAUCCCAAACCUUCAACGGCAGUUAGUCGAGGAAUUACGACGUGAACUUGCUCGGAAAACGAUCAUCGAAGGAGAGAAGAGCUUAGAGAUAGUCCAGGCUCUCCAACUGGCGGUAAUAUGGUACUGGUUACCUCAGAUGUUUGAAGAAAUGGACUUCUACCAACUCGUGCACAUUGGUACAACGAUGGCUAUCGAUAUUGGGUUGGGGAGAGAGCCGGCUGUUGCAAGACCUGUGGCACCAUCACCCUUCGGAUUCCGAGCUGACUCCUUCCGACGAACUGUCCCACCGGAUCCAAAGACCAUAGAGUCCAGGAGAGCGUGGUUAACGUGCUAUUUCUUAGCAACGAGUUCUUCUAUGACACUUCAUCGACCAAAUUUGAUUCAGUGGACACCGUUUACAGCUGAAUGUUUCAACAUCCUCAAGAACUCAUUCGAUGCUGCGCCGACGGAUAAGUAUCUGUGCCAUCUUGUUUGGACGCAUCACGUCGCGGAGGAUAUUGUAGUACCAUUCCCAAUGGACGAUGCAAUAAUGACGCCGAACAUCAGCGAUACGCGGUCGCAGUAUACUCUGCGAGCUUUCGAACAUCUCUUGGAAGAAUAUACCAACGCGAUCCGCGAAGAAGUGAGACAACCAACCUUAGUGCUCUCAUUACACGUAAUCACACUUCGAAUGCACGAUAUUUUACUCCGUGCAGGGAUGAAGGAGGAAAUGAAAACCCCGUUCGAUCUCGAGAGUCUGAAGGACGGAAUACUGACCCAGCAAUCUUACCUCACAACAACCCAAAUCAACUCUCUAUCUGCCUGCCUGACCGCUAUUGAGGGCGCCUUAACAACUUUCCUUGCCAUGGAACUUGACAACAUCCGCUGUCUUCCAGUAUUCACCUUUGCGAGAGUUGGAUAUGCGGUCGUCAUGCUCAUCAGGAUAUAUGUCUCUGUCGUGGCACUAAGCACGAAUCUUGGGAAGGCCAUCGACAAGGACGGAUUGAAGGUCGGCUACUAUCUGGACAGCCUCCUUGAAAAGCUCCAUGCAACAGCCGGAGAUAACAAGAGUCGGGCUGCGGCGCAAUUUCUAGUCCAUUUUGUGCAGCUCCGGUCAUGGUUUUUGGAGCAAGAUAAUGUUCAACACCCAAUAAAACGGGAAGAAUCUUGA